ACCCGAUGUCACGCCCUUGCCAGUUGUUGUCAUGCCCUUGCCAGCUGGGGUCACGCCAGCCUCAUGCUAACACCAACAUGCCAGUGCCACGCCAUUACCACACUUUGUCACACCUCAGCCAUGUGGGGUAACACCAGGGAUCGGCACCAUCAUGUUGCACGAUGGACACUUGACAAAAUUACCCACCAUCUGGGCUAACGCUGGCAUCACGCUAGUGCUACAUAGUGUAACGGUUACGCCACCUGGAGGCAUGCCAGUAUCAUGCCAGUGCCACAUGGUGUCACACCCCUGCUACCUGGGGUCAGGCCAGCACCAUGGCACUACCACACAGUGUCCCACAUCUUGCCACCAUUGUAUGAGGUCAAAAAAGGUUAUUAAAGCUCCUGUGUAACAUGCUUCAUUGAUGUGUGGCUAGUAUAAGUCACUGAUCACAGGGUAUAUUCCUGUAUUAAUCUGCAGCUGUGGGGGAGCCCUGGACAGCCAUCUGACAGUCACAACAUGCACCAACUACUGCCGUAGGGGAAACCAGCCGCUCCAGACAAAUGUGUUGUCUUUUCUGGGGCUAGGACAGGCCGCGUUAGCCUCAUGCAGCUGUUGCCUCGGCCAGCGGGAAAAGGCUUAUUUGCCACCAGGAAUAUCCAUAAAGGGGAAACGAUCUUCUUAGAAAAGCCUGUGGUGUCAUCCCAGUUCCUCUGGAACGCGCUGUACAGAUAUAAAGCCUGUGACCACUGCCUGCGGGCCUUGGAGACGGCAGAGGAGAACGCGCAGAGGCUUCUGGGGAAAAGCUGUCGGGUCCUGCCUCACCCAGAGCAGUGCAGCAUCCGGAAGGAUUUGCAUCAACACUGCCCCCACUGCCAGGUUGCGUAUUGCAGUGCUGAAUGCAGGCAAUCUGCCUUUGAGCAAUACCACCAGGUGCUGUGCCUGGGCCCCUCCCGAGAGGACCCCAAACAUCCCCUCAACAAACUGCAGGACGCCUGGAGAAACAUCCAUUACCCACCGGAGACUUCCAGCAUCAUGCUGCUGGCGAGGAUGGUAGCCACCGUCAAACAGGCGAAGGACAAGGACUGGUGGAUAAAGCUUUUCUCUCAGUUCUGCAGCAAAACGGCCAACGAAGAAGAGGAGAUCGUCCACAAGCUGCUGGGGGACAAAUUUAAGGGCCAGCUAGAGCUCCUCCGACGGCUCUUCACGGAAGCCCUUUAUGAAGAACAUCUCAGCAGGUGGUUUACUCCAGAAGGGUUCCAGUCGCUGUUUGCCCUGGUUGGAACCAAUGGUCAAGGCAUAGGAACAAGUUCCCUGAGCCAGUGGGUCCAUGCCUGCGAUGCGUUAGAGCUUCCCCCGCACGAGCGAGAGCAGCUAGAUGCCUUCAUAGACCAGCUCUAUAAGGAUAUCGAGAAAGAGACCGGAGAGUUCCUGAACUGCGAGGGAUCCGGCCUGUACGUGCUCCAGAGCUGCUGUAACCACAGCUGCAUCCCCAACGCUGAGACGUCCUUCCCGGAUAACAACUUCCUCCUGCACCUCAUCGCCCUGGAGGAGAUCAAGCCGGGAGAGGAAAUCUGCAUUAGCUAUUUAGACUGCUGCCAGCGGGAGCGGAGCAGACACAGCCGCCACAAGAUACUCAGGGAACACUACCUGUUCACCUGCUCGUGCCCCAAGUGCCUGGCUCAAGCCGACGACGCCAACCUGACUUCAGAGGAGGAGGAGGAGCUGGAGGGCGAAGGAGAGACGGACGAUGCGGAGCUGGAGGAUGAGAUGACGGACGUUUGAUCCUGGGCCUGGGGAUGGGGUUCGGCUUUGUACCGGAGACGGGACCGCGGGGAGGGACUGUGCCUGUGUCGGCCAGGGCUGGCGCGGCGGCAGGGAGAGAACAUGUUAAGGUUUGGCUAGGUUGGGCAAUGGAGGAAGCAGGGAUCUUCUCUGUUCCUGACCAUCCUUCUGGGGGAGUGUGUCUGUGGUCCCGGGGUCCCCUCUCUCUAGAUAAUGGCUCCACUUGUCCCAACCACUCCUCCGCGGCUGAGGCAGAUAUCCACCCACACAGACAUCGCCUUGGUCUCCUUGUUUGUGUCUGAUCCUGCACACAAAGCAAUAUGCUGGGGAGGGGGGCUGUUGGAGACGUCGCAUGCAGGGAAAGUCCCUGGCUCUUCUGAGCACAGCGCACAAACCUUAACGCUACCCUUGUUCCUGAUGCUGGGCAAACAACCAACUACACCGGGGCUUCCUCCGGUGUCAAUAUCUAAGUGAUCUGAGAACUUGGAGAGGAGAGUCUGGGGGGAUUUGGGCUCGUGACUUCCUCGGGGUUGUGGAGGGGGCAGAACAGAGGUUUAACCCAGUGGAGACAGUGACUGUGCAAAGAGGUGGUGGUCUCAUGGACUCGGCAGAAGACUGGGAGCCAGGACUCCUGGGUUCUAGUCCCUGCUCUGUCGCUGACUUGUGGUGUGAGAAGUCACUUACUCUCGCUGUCUCUCAGGUUUAAAAUGUGGGGGGGGAUGAUCAGACUUUCCUAGCUUGGGGAGGGGAGGAUUAGCUGCUCAAUAUCUGGCCAGGGCUGAGUAUUUUGAGUCAUAUAUACACACGCACUCUUAGUGCCAGAGGGUGAAGGGUUAAGUAGCUCUGGGGGUGACGGGGUCAGCUGAUGGUGCCUCACACUCCUUGCCCCUGCUGCCCUCAUGGGUUGGCACAGUAAUUCUGUUGUGGUGGUUUCACCACGGGGAGGUCUGUCUGCCCCACCAGGGCAUCGGGCUCAGUGGUACUGACUGGCCUGUGAGGGGCUCCUGAACGGGCCCCAAAGGGAAAUCCUUACCCAGCCUGCCACAGGGGGCUAGACCCCUGCCCCCAGAGUUACAACAGUCUGUAGGCAUUGCUUUUCUCAGCACUGAAGCUUGUUGUCAGAAGGGAGUUAGGUGCUUCGGAGCCAGACUCCCAUUGACUGUCAGUGCGAUUUUGGCUCUUAUGUGCCUAAAUCCCUUUUACCAAGGAGACGUAGGCUCCUGAAUCAGCUAGGCAUUGGAAUGCUGAGUGCAGCGACGGCUAAAUACCUCUAAACACCUGGGCCCCGGUUCUCCUCCAAGGGACCAGGAAGCAGGGUCCGGCCCAUUGCCAAGCCCAGCCCUGGAGCGCGAAGGGAGAAACAGUCGACUCUGUUGUGUCUGCGGGGGGGUGGUUGGAGGGAUCCAUCCUCAGCCUUCCCUUGAGUGUAUUAGCCCACUGACCUCCCAGGGGUGCAAAGGCCGCAGGGCUGGGCCCUGGGGUAUCACGUGACUGUCAGCCAGGCUCUAGGGGCUGAGUCUGCGAGGAGCUGGCAGCUCCUUCUAGACCUACAAGUGUAAGCUCCCCAAGGGCCUGUCUGCCUGGGUCUGAGCGGUGCCCAGCGCCCCCUGCACCUCUUGGAGCCAGUGGGCGUUGGGGGUGCUCAGCACCUCUCAGAUCAAACCCUGUCAGAGCAGCGUGGCGCUCUCGGGGGGGAUGGCGAAGGAUCCAGACGAGAGUUCAGGGUGCCUAGUACCAUAGCCGGAGAUGGACACAUGCCAGUCAAUGAGGGAGUCCGUCCCCCCGCGAGGGCAGGACCUGCCCUCCAAUAGAGACUGAGCCACCUGGAAAAAUCUCAGCCUUCUAGGAGGCAGGCGGCGUUGUCCUCCCCCCGGCAGCCAUCUCCAACAUGGUGGUUUGCCUUUCCGUGCUGUCCCGGUGGCUGGAUGAAGGGGCGGCUUCGAGCACGAUGUAAUUGCUUGGGGCCUGCAGGGCUCUGGGCUGCUUGGGGACCAAACUGAGAGGACGCUCGCCAUCCACAUCUGAUCUUCUCCCCAUGAGCAGUGAGGCUGGAGUGGGAGGAAGGUCACCCACCAGCUGUGUUCACCUGCUCGUUAGAGUCACGUUCCCCACCCCACCCUUCUCUCCUCACUCCAGUAACGGGGCCAGGAGUGGGGGCAUCCCACAUCCUGAUCUCCCACCCCACUCCCCCAUCAGUGAGAGGGUUGGGACAAACCCUUUCCAGAAGUGGGAUACAAUUCCUGGCCUCGUUUCUUCCACCGCCUCCCCCAGUCCUCCUGCAGCUGGUGGGGCUUAGCCGGUCUGAUCGAGAUGAGGCCUGGCGUGCUGGGAGUGGUUGUCUCUUCAGUGCACCCCACCCAUUAAAGAGUAAGAGAGAUGCAGUCUCCUCCGUUGCCGACGAGGCGUGAGCUGUGAGGCUCUGCUGUCCCCCCUCUAUGAAGACUGAUUUUUCGCACUUUCCUUAGGACUUCUUGUGGAGCGGGGAGCCUGGGCUCUGUGCCUGGCAAACAAUGGAGCACCACGCUUCUUAAACCUGCC